CAAAGCCAGAUUUUCAGCCACUAAAUUUGUUUGAGGUUUCUUGGUUUUGGCUUUAAAGCCUCGUGCCUCUGCCUUUAUGGCAACCUACUUUGGUGUUCAUCACUUUCCAGGCCUGGAGAAUAACACCUUGUGCUAAAGAUUUUGUGGAAGAGAACAACUGCACAGCUCAAACUGCAUCUUUUCCUUAUUUUGAGUGCUUUUUGGUUUCAAAGGGGGAGAAAACAGCAAAAGUUUAUCCCCUCCUGCUUUCAUCUUUAGCGCUAAGCUCCUACAUUUGUCAUUUUUCAAUUGCACGGAGCUAGAUAUAAAGGAGGGGGAAAGAGGUGAUGAAAUACGAAGUAAUCAUAAUUAAAAAUCAGUGAGUUCUCCUUGGUUUUAUUCCUAAAGGGGGUCUGGGGGGAUCCCAAGCUGGAGCAGUGCAUGGGGCUGCUGCCCUGAUGCACACCUGGAUGUGGGGCUCAGCGCGCAGGGACCACGUUGAAGCUCUGGGCGCUGCCGCAGAUGCUCUUUGGUAGCUGCUGGUGAGACGUCUACAUCAAGAAGAGGAAGAACCUCUUGGGGUAAAGCCAGCCCUACCACUAAGAGGGGACCCUGCGUGGAGAGGGGAGAUGGCACAAAACCCCUCCAUCACUGGCUCCACCACCAUGGCCCGGCUGUGGCUCCGUCUCUGCAUCUGCCUCCAGAUCCCAGGUUUCUGUGCAAACCUCCUUUUAACCCAGACUCCAAAGCACAUUACAGCCCAAGCUGGCAAUGAAACACAACUGCUGUGUGAGCUGCGGAGGGAGCACGCCGGGGUGUACUGGUACCGCUGGAGCCAGGAGAGGCAAAACUUUGAGUUCUUGAUGUUUUCCAGCCCCAUGGGCAAAGUCACCUACGGCAGAGACAUGAGCCAGGAGAAGUUCAGUGCCCAUGGAACAAGUUCCCGCACCUCCUACAGCCUGCGCAUCAGCCGCCUCCAUGCCUCGGACAAUGGGAUCUAUUACUGCUCCAUCUCCCAGUCCUCCCAGCUCAUCCUGGGCACUGGGACACGGCUCAGUGUGGUUGAUGCCUUUCCUCUGCCUUCAAAGACCACUCAGGCCCCACUCUCCACAAAGCCCCUGCAGUGUGUGACCAAAAGCAAAGCUCCCAUCAGGAAAGGUGCCUGCAGCCCCCUGGUCUGGGUCCCGCUGGCCUCCACUGUCCUGGUCCUCCUGCUGAGCCUGGUCCCCAUUGCCCAUCGCUUCCACUGUAUGAAGCGGAGGCUGUGGCUUCGCAUCCACAGGCAGUAAAUCCCACUGGCUCCUCGGGCAGACAGGGAGAAGCUACGGACCCCCCUGCCUGGACAUGACCCAGGAAGGAUGUUACAGGAGACAGACAUAAGCUUGUGCUGCCAGACAGACAUUUAUUCCCUGUGACAGACCAUGACUUUAACAGGUUUCCUUACCACAACAGCUGGCAAAGGGACCAGGCUG